CAGAUCUUGACUCUAGAUCAGAUUGUUUACAUCAUGGCGUCCGAUAAUAAAACGAGACUCAACAAGCACUCUACUGUUACUUUUACUCUUCCUAUAUCUUGUCAGAUUUGCCUGGGAAAAGUUAAGAAGCCAGUGCUCUGCCCAAAUCUACAUGUUUUCUGUCAGCUUUGUCUGGACAUUUGGCUGAAACGAAACAACCAGUGCCCAACUUGUAGGGUUAAUAUUGGCGCAGACAACCCUGUGAAGCACAUCAUAGGUGGCCAAGUUGAAGAUGAGAUUCCGGAUAAUCAAAGCACCCCUGAACUUCGAAGAAUCCGAUUUGAUUUGCUCUACCAUGAGUAUGAAGACCAGUUUGAAAAGAUGCGAAAAGAAAUCAUCAUUCUUAAAACCGAAAACAACAUUUUAUCUGCCCAGCUUGGAGAUGCAGAGGUAGAGAUCAAUAACCACAGACAGGGUAGCAGUGUUCAAAGUAACCUUAUAGUCAAAAAGUCACACCAAGAGGCAGACGUAGCUAAUCUUUUAGCUUUGACAAAAAAUUUACAGGAAGCGCAAAAGCUUUAUGCUGACAUAAAAUCAGAAAUGGCCAAUUUGAAAAAAGAAAAUUCAAAAUUAAAGGAUGAAAACAUUAGUUUAACUCAAGAAAAUCAGACCUUGCGUCUGGAGCUGGCCCAGAGAUCACCCAAAAAGUUUGGACGUUUUACUGUGGCUACUUUGGAAACAAAGAUAGCAGAGCAGGACAAAGAAAUUCGGCAGCUUAAAAUGGCUUUAGAAAGAAGUGAUAGUUAUAUUGAGGAGUUGGAACAGCAACUAAAGAAAUACAAUGGAGAAGAUAAAGUUUUAGGAAAUAAUAAAAAAAGAAAUGAUGUAAAUAAUAAGUCUGAUAACUACUCUGUCAAUUUGUGGCCUUCAUCCUCUAAAAGUAAGCCUGACUCUGCAGCAUACAAUGUCACUGUAUCACAGGAUAGUGCAAAGAAAGUUUUGUUUGGGAGCUCGAAAUUAGUAAACACAAAAGAACACAACAAUAUAAGAUCUACAGAUCAAUCAACAGCAAAAUGUCUUACUGACUUGGACAUGGCUAGCAAAAACAUCCUUAAGUCAGCUAAAUCAUCUGACUAUAUGGAAGACUCUCCACCUCCAAAAACAGAAAGGACCCCAAAAAAGGUCCAAUUUAAUGUUUCUACUGUUGAAGAACAAUCUAAUGCUGUGUCAAGCUUUGAAUUAGAAUUGCCUAGCCCUUUAGACAAAUCUUCACACUUGAGGAGUCGUACAAAAUCAAUAAAUACUGACAAAACUGUGGAAGGUAUGAAACCUCAGGAAGACUUCAGUUCUAAAAGCGAUGAAGAGUUCCAGAAAACGAUUGCAAACUUGCUUAAGAUAAACUCAUACCAAACUGAUCUAGUCACUACUUCUGAGAUGGAGGUCAAGAAAUCCAAUGUAAGAACAGCUGAAAUAAAGGCACCCAAACUCACUGGAAAUCAUGCAGAUCAAAGCAAAGACAGCAGUCAUCUUAGCAUCCCUGAGCCAGGGAGUUUUGACCACCUGUUGGGCUCUGGCAACUUGGACUAUUCUAUGACCCCAGAAAUGACAGACUGCAUAGAGCUGAUGAAUAGGGCAGAGAAAAAUGUAAAUUUUCCAGCUUCUGCUAGCCAGUCCCUGUCUAUUACCAAGGAAAGCACUAAUGUUGCUCAACAUGCUUCUACAAUAUCUAUUGCAUCCCAGAAUUCAUUGGCUCCAAUCUAUUACCCUCCACUUUAUGCAGCUCCACCUUCUCAGUAUUCAUCACUACCCAACCAAGGCAGCUUGUGGCAGCACCAGUUUUAUAGUUCUUUAAGAAGUAAUCCUUACCCUUUGACUAGUUUAACCCAUUCUCAGGCCCCAAUGAAUCAUACUCAGCAGAUGCCCCAAAGCAGCCUAUAUAAAACAACAGACAGUAAAGUAGCUGGCAUCAAGGAUAGUUUGUCUGAGAGGGUUAUAUCCAGCAGAGACUUCCACUUCAGUGAGCCAGUACAAGUAGUGAAAGAUUUAACAUCUUUACCAAAUCCAGUUAGUUCUUCAUUGCAUUUCAGAUUUUCUGAGCCAACGCCUUACUUCACAUCAAGCCUCAAUACGCCUCAUCCAUUAUCAAAUAUGCAGACUGCAGCCAACUCAGUAAUAUUUUCUUCAUCCUCUUACAGUAAGCCAUCUGUCACCAUGACCAGAACUGCCAACCUUCAUUUUGUCUCAGGUCUGCCUUUAAAAUCACAGCCCACCUCAUCAUCCACACCCAACUUAACCAUGCUUGGACUCAGCACAACAGAAAGACCCCCGUCAAGUUCAAUCCAUGGUGUGGGGGCUGUUUCCCAUUACAAAGGAAGUGGCAUGACCUAUCCAAGCUUAUUGUUAGACAGCAUUCUGAGUCCAUCACUCAAUAGCUCCCAGUUGAACUGGCCCAGUGAGUCUCAUGGACCUGAAGACACACCCUCAAGUCUAACAUCUACUAAGCUUAAACCAAGUGAUAACAGUUUAGGCGCUGACACUGAUUUCAGUAUGUCAUCAACUUCUCCAUAGCUUCUCUAAAUUUAGGUAUACUUGCUCUGGGUCCUGUUGCAACAUUAUUUUCUAUUUAAAAUUAUUUUGUAUGCAUUUGAUUCAAAUUAAAUUUUAAUCGAAAUUGAUUUUUUAACAAGGCAUUAAAAAUAUAUUUUUAGUAAAUUUUCCUGCCAAAAUAUUUCUUUUAACUGCAGUUAUAGUUAUAGUUAAAUAGAAAAUUGCAUCUAUGAUUUUUAACAUAACCUCUUGUGUUGCUUAUUACUUGUGAAGUGACAUAAGCACUACUUAUUCGCCAUAUUUAUUUUUAAAACGUUAUUUAUACAUUAGAGUAAAACUAUAUCUUGUUCUGUUGUGGUAUACUGUUAUACGUUGUUGUAUUUUUUUCAAAACUGACUAAAUUUCAAAUCAGUGAUCUGAAUAACAAGGUUUUUCUGUAUUUAAUUUAGCUUUAUAAUAAAAGGUUUUACAUCUUUCAGAUGUUCCUUCAGAUUUGAAUAUAAUUACAUCUUAGCGCAAACCUCCUGCAGUGGGCAGGGUUCGAACCUGAAAUCACAGACAGUCCAGAGCGCAUUCCACAUGACCAGGCAGUCAUCCAUAAUAAAUCAGUAACUUACUUUAAACUUCUAUAGCUCAUGGAGCCAAAAUUCAUGAAUACAAAACUUCUACAUAUUAUAAGUAGAAAAGCUAUAGUGCUCAGUUUGCUUGAUUUAGCAUCUUGUUACUCUUAUAAGAAGCUUGGAUAACCUUGACCUCGUGUGUUUGUUUUUGUUUUGUUUUAUAUGUUUCUGAUACUAUUUUCCCUAAUGAAAAUUAUUAAACCUCAGUAGGCUAUGAUAGUGCACAGGCUUCAAAUGCUGGACUAUCAUAAUGACCAACCGUUAAUCUCAUUGUCAAAAAAGGCUUAUAGUAUGUAUAUAUAUAUUUAUUUAAACAUCAGCAAUGAAUGAUCAUGUUUCAUGCUUUUGUUGAAGUCAGAUCACCUCUAGGUAUUUUCACAUAAGUUUUGGUAUUGCUAAUUGUGAAUCCUGACAAUGAACUAUUGCCACUGUAAUGCAUUAUAUCACUUCCUGAUGUACUUUUUGUUUUUUAGAUUGUAAAUGAUGUUCAUGCCAAUCUUCACACUUCUGAAAGUUUAUCCUUUUUUAUAAUUGUCAUUCAACUUUUAUAUAAUUGACUUCAAUGAUCAAAGUUGCAGGAAUGUAUAUAAGUAGCUUUAAAUUCAUAUUUUACAUGGCCAGCAGUGUAUCUUUUAGCCGAUAAUUUGUAUGUAUGUAAUUAUGAUAAAAUAAUGCUCUAUAAUGAAUAAUUUAUACAUUACAAUAAUAUAUUGAUAUCA